AUGUCCGCCGGCAACAUUGGCGCAUGGCAGAAGAAAGUUGGAGACACAUUGGCUCCUGGGGAUGUCCUUGUGGAGAUUGAAACAGACAAAGCUCAAAUGGAUUUCGAGUUUCAAGAGGAAGGCGUGCUUGCCAAAAUUCUAAAAGAAACAGGCGAGAAAGAUGUCGCCGUUGGAAAUCCGAUUGCUGUAAUGGUUGAGGAAGGCACCGAUGUCUCGGCCUUCGAAUCCUUCACUCUCGAAGACGCCGGUGGUGAGAAGGAACCUCCAAAGGAGAAGUCGGCAGAAGAAACAUCCGAAGCCACGGAAAAGCCAGACUCAGGUUCAGGCACCGCACCUCCUGCUGAAAGCAAAGAGCCCAAACCGGAAGCUGUCGAAGCUGACACCACAGGAGAAAGGCUUCAGUCAGUGCUAGACAGGGAGCCUGUCAGCCCUGCGGUCAAAAAGCUGGCUCUUGAAAAGGGUGUCCCCAUCAAGUCGGUCAAAGGCACUGGUCCAGGUGGACGGAUCACCCUUGCCGACAUUGAGAAGUAUAAACCGGCGGCCGGCGCUGCACCUGCUGCUGCCGCUGGUCCUUCAUAUGAGGAUAUCCCCGCAACCUCGAUGCGCAAGACUAUUGCUACACGACUCCGCGAAUCUAUGAACCAAAACCCUCACUACUUUGUCUCGACAACCCUCUCGGUAACAAAACUGCUCAAGCUGAGAGAAGCACUCAAUGCCGCCUCGGACGGCAAAUACAAACUGUCUGUCAACGAUUUCCUGAUCAAAGCCUGCGCCAUCGCCUGCAAGAAGGUGCCUGCUGUGAACUCUAGUUGGAGAGAAGAUGGUGGUCAGUCGAUCAUUCGUCAGCACAACACAGUUGAUGUGAGCGUCGCAGUAGCCACGCCCAUCGGCUUGAUGACUCCUAUCGUCAAGAAUGCCGACAGUAUUGGUCUCUCCGCGAUUUCAAACUCUGUCAAGGAUCUCGGAAAGCGAGCACGAGAUGGCAAGCUUAAGCCAGAAGAGUACCAAGGCGGCACAUUCACAAUCAGCAACAUGGGCAUGAACCACGCGGUGGAAAGGUUCACUGCGGUGAUUAACCCGCCGCAGGCUGCAAUUCUCGCCGUUGGCACCACUCGUAAGGUUGCUGUCCCGGUUGAGACUGAAGAAGGCACAGUUACUGAAUGGGAUGACCAAAUCAUUGUCACUGGCAGUUUCGACCACAAGGUCGUGGACGGGGCUGUAGGAGCGGAAUGGAUCAAGGAAUUGAAGAAGGUGGUGGAGAACCCAUUGGAGAUGAUGCUGUGA